GCCACAAGUGCCUAAUGAGAACACACCACAGUAAUCAUGAAGACACCAAUCAACAACUAUCUCUUCCAAUAUCUGGCUACCAUAACAGCAUGUUUGUGUGUCGUCUCAACUGGUAUGCAUUACGGAUGGCCAUCACCGGCCCUUCCUAUUCUGCUGUCACCUGACUCCCCAAUCCCCAUAACCCAAGAAGAAGGCUCUCUAGUUGCCACAAUCCAAGAGUACGGCAACAUAGUCGGCGACAUUCUAGCCGUCUUUAUUGUAGACAAAAUCGGAAGGAAAAACUCCAUCUUGCUCUCAGCCCCCUUAUUCUUCGUCGGUUGGCUCCUGAUUGCCGAAACUCAAUCCCUUGCCAUCCUUUACAUAGUCAGGUUCAGUGCUGGCGUCACCGACGGACUUAUUUAUACAGCACUGCCCAUGUAUUUGGGGGAAAUAUCCCAUCCCAACAUACGAGGACUCCUCGGGUCCGUGCUGCAGGUCUCCUUCGUUUUCGGCCUGUUGGUGUACGACAUCCUGGGGUCUUUGGUCAGCCUCAAAAUCGCCACCUACGUGGCUGCCACCAUACCCAUUUUGCAACUGGUGACGUUCGCCUUCAUGCCCGAGAGCCCGUACUAUUUAAUCAUGAAGGAGAAGAACAAAGAGGCCGAAAGAAGUCUGAUGAAGCUGAACAACGGCAAAAUGGACGACACGUUGAACGAAAUCAUCGAGUCCGUGAAAGACGACAAAGAAAAAGAAACGGCUGGGGUACUCGAAAUUGUUAAAACCAAAGCCAACAGGAAGGCCUUGAUGAUCACCUUCGGGCUGAGGUUUUUUCAACAAUUUACGGGAAUUAGCGCCAUUAAUUUCUACAUCCAAUCCAUCUUCGUUGAUGCUGAUCUUGGCAUAUCCGCCAGCAUGGUGUCCAUCAUUUAUUUCCUGUUGCAAUUCGUCAUGUGCUUCGCUGUGACGGCCAUCAUUGAUAGAACUGGGAGGAAGCCACUGUUGAUUUUCUCGCUCAUUGGAACGGGGAUUGCUGACGCUGUGCUAGCUGCCUACUUCUUCUGGAGCCAAGGGGACGAUCACAGCGACUCGUGGAUGAAAUUCAUUCCUGUUGUGGCCAUCCUUUGCUACGUUGUCAUCUUCAAUGUUGGGCUAGCUUCGACGCCAAUGGUGUUUAUUUCGGAAUUGUUCAACACCCGUGUUAAAGCUGUGGCUAUUUGUGCAGCUGACAUUUAUUUCUCGCUGCUGAUAGUCCUAGUUUCUACAUAUUUCCAAAGGACGAAGGACUCAUUUGGGAUACACGUCCCCUUCAUUUCAUUCACCCUAUUUUGUUUCCUUGGUGCCGUAUUCGUUUAUUAUUUGGUACCAGAAACCAAAGGCAUGACACUUGAACAAAUUCAAGACUACCUCAAUUCGAAAGAGAGGAGGAAAACCACUACAGACAACAGAGGCAUACAUUUAGAAAAUUUAGAAAAUACGUUUAAUAACAAAAGCAUGCCUUUAGAGAACCUGGAAGAUACCCCUGUUUAGGCCAAAUUGUACUGACUAUUUAUUUGUUAAGUUAUUUAUAUAAAUAAAUUAUUAUUUACUUUUGUA